GCUCGAGCUUUAAACUACCUUCAUCAAAGGAAACCAUCACCCAUCAUUCACCGCGACGUAAGCAGUGGCAAUGUGUUGCUAUGGCGACAUGGUGACCAAUGGCGAGGCAAAGUGUCAGAUUAUGGCACAGCUAAGUUUGUGCAGCAAACCAUGACACCCUUUCCUGGUGCUAAGAUAUACAGUGCACCUGAGGCACUUACAGGGAAUCAGACUGUAAAGGUGGAUGUAUAUAGUUUUGGGGUUCUUCUCUGUGAGAUCUGCAUUGGAAAACUGCCAGACCCUGAACGGCGAACGCAACAAGUUUUCAUGGUUACAAACCGCGUUAUUCGAGCUCUUAUCAGAGGAUGUUUGCAUCCAGAUCCUACAGCAAGACCCAGCAUGGCAGACAUCAUUCGUGAACUAGAAAAAGGAGUUUGAAUUCGCAAUCUAACUGCGUGAACUCUGAACAUUGAUGAACUUUGAACUUUAACAUGUAACAAUGUGAUUGUACAAAUAACCAGUUAACGAAUUCUUAACUAAUUGAUUUGCAUACUCAUCGAUAACGCCCGUAAUACGUAGAAAUGUGAAAUUGGAAGAAAAAAAAUGGAACACUUGCCCUUUUACACGAGCUAUAAGACAGUUUAUAGUGUAAAGAUCUGGAAAACCUGCAGAACUUCUACAUCAUCAAGAUUUUACCCGUUACUUUUACCUUUAUCAUUAUCACCCAUAUGAUAACGUACCUCAGUUGUAGAGAAUGACUUUCGUGUAAAAUAUAAUACUUUGAAAUAGUACCUUCGUAGAAAGAUUUUUAUCCAUAAGAGCAGCCCUUCUUAGUUAGCACAGUUGAAAUGAGUUUUACGUCAAUGGCGAUUUCAUUAUUUUCUUUCGUAAUCCACCAAACAUUUUGCUCUUGUGCGAUCGGUCUGUAGUUGGUUUAGGGGAUUUUUCGCCAGGCCAUAGAAGUAGAAUUGUACUCGCUUAAUUACUCAGGUUAUUAAUUACUCAGGUUAUUAAUUACUCAGGUUAUUAAUUACUCAGGCUAUUAAUUACUCAGGUUAUUGCCAGGAAUUUAGGAUGUUACUUGACGACGUUUUCAAUGUGUACAGGCGGGUCAUUUUACUGUAAGGAAACUUCAAAGCAAUGUUCGCUAAAUGAUUCUCGUGAUAGGAUGGGGGCAAGCGUGCUCUCUCCCUUUUUUGUGUCAGGUAUGUGACGCUCAAAGAGUUGUGCUGAGGUUUUGUAAGAGUUUCUUUUUUUUUUUUUGCAGACAGCUAUAGAUUUUGACUUAAGUGACCUUAAAUUGGACAAGGUU